CGUGCAAGUACCCAGGGCUCCCCGUCUCCAGUCCUCGCAAAUGCCAUGCCCACGAUGGACCUCUUCACUGAGUCUGUUCCAAUCCCCCAAACACCCCAUGGCCGACCUCCUCUCCCUCGGAAUUCCAUGCGCGCUCCCAUGGAGUAUGCGGGCGAACGGCCUCAGGAUCGCACUCUGAUGCUCGUGCUGUCCUUGGUGGCAAUGACCACUAUGACCGUUUUACUAGGCUCACGGUUCAGUCAAUUGAAGAAACGAGCCAUUUCCAAGCGAAACUUCACCUGCAUGUUGGUGCUCUCGCUCUACGUCCUCGUCAUGGGCUUCUUUCUCGGCCUCCUCAUCCUGCACACCGGCCAGGGCUUGUACACUUACCAACUGUGUUUUGCUCUUACUUGGGUGUGCCUUGUGUUUUACGCAAUGGCUAAGAGCGUAAUCUACAUCUUCCUCGUAGAACGUGUACACAUCGUGCGCGCACCGUACGCUCCAACCCGCAGCGGCGACUACAUCUACCUGGGUUGCAUGGCCGUCAUGUUCGCAGCGUGCGGCGCCGUCGUAAUCAACGCCUUCCUCAACCCCGUCACCAACAUGUCGCCCGACGAUGGCCGCUGCCACAACGGCAUCGGCAAGCGCGUCACCAUUCCCUUCCUAAUCAUUGAUAUCAUCAUGGACGUUAUCCUCACGGGCGUCUUCGUGUACCUCCUCCACCCGUUCGUCAGGGGAGGCUGGUCCCAGACUCUUUCUGUUGGGAUGUCGAUUCGGAGUUCGUCGGACAGUGGAGGCGCGGGGCAGGGAUCGAAAGCGAGUGCGGAAAGAGGGGGAGGGGGGUCGAGAGGGGAGUCGAGAGGGGAGUCGGCGGUGCAGCGUGGGAUUAGGACGUUGUUGCGGCGCACUAUCGCGGGGGCUUUUGCCAUCACGGUUGUGACGCUUGGGCUGUUUGUUGCGCAGUACUUGGCUGGGAACGGAGGGAAAGGUGUGGCGUUGAUUUGCAGUUCGUUGUGUCUUGGGGAUGUGUUCUGGGGUUACCUCGUGAUCCACUACCUCACCUUCUCCUCGCUGGAAACCGAGGAGAAUAUGAGCAGCACGCCAUACAGGAACGACGAAGGUGAUAGCGAUACUCUGGUGAAUCAGGACCGACAUGCGAUCCACUGCCAGCACUGUGCCCCCAAGCCUCCGCAGCAGCAACUGCCAUAUCACCUGCCGCCGCUGAGACAUCUGCGGACUCUUAGUGAAGAUUCGGUGCUUGGGCGGCCGCCGUUGAGAUGUUUAGAUGGUGUUAGGGAUUCUAGGAGGAGUGAAUGGGCCGUAGUUUGA